AUGGAAACCGUUCUCAAUAUCCAAUUCACAAAGACAGGUAACAUGCCGCCAGACUUUGGUAUCACCGCGCACCCCUGCUGGCCCAAGACGCUGUUUGACGACCCCAGCUUCGCGCUCCUUAAGGACGACCCCUGGUAUAAACAGGGCAACAACAGAGACAACUUCAUCCACUGGAGCUAUACCAAGCCGAGGGGAACCGGCAACAAUAACAGCAACAACAACAACCCGCCAUCGGAUGAUGGCAGCGAUACCAAUAUGCCGGACCCAUCUAACGAUAAGGACGACGACCCGAGUUUCCCCGGCCGCCGCGCGCUAGACGAGCUCGACAACGGCAACAGGUCUCCCGGCGACCUCGUCAUCCUCAAGGGGAACUCCACACGCCGGUCUACUUCUAAGGAGCUUUUCGAGGACCUCGGCCUGCUGCGUUGCAAGGAUCAGCACUGCCAGAGGGGGAUAGAAGAGCUGGGGUACGCAUCGCUCCCGGUCGUUCGGGAAACAGCGACGUUACCAGCCAUGGCGGAAGCUGUCGCUACUGCAUCCAUCACUAACAGUUGUCCGGAGAUAACCAUAGAGAUACCCGCGUCAUUGAGCCCCGCUUUAGAGAUUGCCGCCAAGGUCUCAGACGCUGCAAGAUCUAUCAUUACGCAUGCUCCUAGACAUAACCCUACAAUGUAG